AUGGAUGAACAAUUUUUUCUUGUUGAAGGCCAUGAUCUGGAUUUUCAAGAAUGUAAAAUCAAAGGGGAUGUUGAAAAACUAAAAGUUGAUGAUGGUUUUGGUUGUGUGGCUUCGAAGAACGAAAACGAGAUGUAUUUUGAGUCCGCGUCAGCUUGGGUCGGGGCUGAGGGAAAUAAUACUCCGUGGUGGAGGACGGCGGAUACAGACAAAUUGGCUUCUUUUGUUGCACGGAGAUCACUCGAUUGCAUAGAGAACUGUGACCUACCGAGGCCUCUGAACACCCGCGUCGAGAAGGAUACUGCAUGCAGUUUUGGUGGUGAUGAGAUUUCUACCUAUAAUCACCAUUCCAACACUCAUCAUCAUACACGAGCAAGUUCUUGCCAAAACUUAGGUUUAUGGGACGAGGUUGAAGGGGUGUCUGAUGCGGAUAAGACAUUAAGGUAA